UUCAAUGAAUCUGCACACUGGAGUGAAGUUUUAUAUUUUUUUUAAAGAUAAAAAUACUCAAUGGCUCACGCAGAACCGACUUCUUGACCACAUGUUGAAUGAGUUCGUCUCAGAUGGGGUGCGUUUUUAAGACAUUUCAGAUAAUUAGCAGACGCGCUUAUCGAUAGCGAUUAGAAAGUGCGCUCAUUUUUGUACUGGUCCCACGUGGGAAACGAACCCACAACUCCGGCUUUGCAAACGCCAUGCUCUAUCAAGUGAGCCACACCGGACAUUUGCUCUUUCAUGGCACCCGCACCAACAGUCACGCAAUAAAUGUCUCCCGCGCUCUUUCCCUAAAAAAAAACGGUUGUCAGUAAGGGGAUGUUUGGACCUGCAGCCUGAUGUAAACUAAGCUGUCAUUCAUUUUUCCAUCGACUUCUACACGGGCAUUUGACUAAUGUUUAUGAAUGUACUUUAGGCCCCCAUAGGGCAUUGUUCAUUUUAUGAUUUGUUUUCUUCAAUCCCAGUAGCCUAAUUAGCGUCAACCAUAUAACUGUAUUACAUUAAGAAAACUUAUAUAGACCUAAAUAGUACAUUUGCUUGAACAUGACUUGUAAUGACCAGGUAGAUGAACCACCACCACCAUUAGCCUACUAAUCACAAUUUAAGCUCAUUUUCAUCGAGCCUAGUUGCCUACAUCACGUUCCGAGAUGCAGUCUCGUGCGCAACCCGAGAGAUCAAAAGGGACAAGUGAACCAGUUGCUUUGCUAGAAUAACUCAAGGGACAAAUAGUCAAUCGGAGUGGGUGAGUAUUUAUAGUCUUGUGCAUUAAUGAGGCUCCGUCUCUGGGCUCUCUGACUCAGAGCGCGCGGAGAAUGGGCACCUCACAGCCCUGGGUACGGUUGGAGUGCAUAAAAACAGACCGGACAACUUUUACCUUUCAACCGACAGAUUCGGCGAUGGCACCUCGUGCAUUCGGCGCUGGGAAAGCCUAACAGGUCUCUCACCCAGCCCCUCUCCCAUGUCACCGAGACGUCUCCAUGGCAAUGUUUCGCGUCACUGAACGCUUCUUCUGGAAUGACUCGGAAGGGAUUCGGGAAGACCUCCUCCAUAGGAAUUCCUCUGGUGGUUGGGAGGAGGAUACAGAGUGUAACUACUACGCCAUGCUGUAUUCCCUGCUCAUCCUGGCCAUCAUGUUUGGCAACGUGCUGGUGUGUCUGGCUGUGGUGCGGGAGAGGUCCCUCCAGACCACCACCAACUACCUGGUGGUGAGCCUGGCUGUAGCUGACCUGCUGGUGGCCUCACUGGUCAUGCCCUGGGCUGUCUACCUGGAGGUGGUCGGAGGGGCGUGGCUCUUCAGCAGGAUGUACUGUAACGUCUUUGUCACCCUGGAUGUCAUGAUGUGUACCGCCAGCAUUCUCAACCUGUGUGCUAUCAGCAUCGACAGGUACACAGCGGUGGUGAUGCCUGUCCUCUACAACACCACACACAGCUCCAGGAAGCGGGUCUCGGCCAUGAUCGCGACAGUGUGGAUCCUGGCCUUCGCUGUCUCCUGCCCCCUUCUGUUUGGAUUCAACACAUCAGACGACCCGACGGUGUGCUCCAUCUCCAACCCUGACUUUGUCAUCUACUCGUCGGUGGUGUCCUUCUACCUGCCCUUCAUCGUCACCCUGCUGGUGUACAUCCGCAUCUACAUCUUCCUCAGGAAGAGGAGGAAGAGGAUUGCCAUCCGCCAGGGCAGCAGCGGGAAGGUCCAGCCAGGUUUGGCCCAGCCCUCGGUGAGAACACAGUCAUAUGGUCCCACAGUGACUGUGCAAAUGAACAUGGAAGAAAAGUGUCUGCAGGAGAAGUCCCUUAAGGAGAACAGAGACCUGUCCCCCAUUAGGAUCAAAGUGGAGAGUAUAGAGCCGGCAGGGCCCCCUAACGCUCACCUCCUGUCUGGGUGUCUGCGGCGUAAGCGUCCCCGGACGGCCCCUGUGGAGAACACACUGCUGCCCCCGGUGGACAUCCAGAACUACUGCAGCAUCAGCCACGCCUCCUGCGGCCGCACUGAGCAUGACCGCGCCGAGGAAGAGGUGGCCAAAGCCAAAGAGCGUAUUCCUGUGCGGAGGAGCUGCGAGGUCAAGGAGAUGUCCAAUGGACUCAUUCACACGGCACUCCGUCCCGCCCCCCACUCCCAGUACCUGACCAGCCAACAACAACAUCGAGUCAGGAGCAUGCAGAACAGGGAGAAGAAGGCUACGCAGAUGCUGGCCAUUGUGCUUGGGGUGUUCCUGAUCUGCUGGCUGCCGUUCUUCGUGACUCACAUCCUGAACACCCACUGCAGGACGUGUCGUAUUCCCCCGGAGCUCUACAGCGCCUUCACCUGGCUGGGCUACGUCAACAGCGCCCUCAACCCCGUCAUCUACACCACCUUCAACAUCGAGUUCAGACGCGCCUUCAUCAAGAUCCUCAGCUGCUGAGAACACCAUGGU